AUGGAGGAAGCACCUAUAGUGAUCGAUAAUGGAUCAUACGAAAUCAAAUUUGGCACUGCCAGCAGCAAUGAGCCGUUCACCGCUUUGAACUCUAUUGCAAAGGAUAAAUAUGGGAACUAUCACCUGUCAAACCAGGUUCGCUCGAUCAAAGACAUAUCUUCCGUGACAUUCAAUCGACCACACAAGUUGGGGCAGCUGGUUUCUUGGGAGUUAGAGAGCCAAAUCUGGGACUACUGCUUGUUCAACCCAGAUGAGUUUGACGGAUGGAGCUUAGACACGACGAAAAACAAGCACCUCAUCGCAUCAGAGUCGUGCAUGACUUUACCGGAGCUAAGCAAAAACAUGGACCAGGUUGUGUUCGAGGAGUACGAGUACGACUCACUGUUCAAGGCACCAGUACCGGUGUUCGUACCGUUUAACGCUGAAGGGGAUACCACACACAUACUAGUAGCGAAAGAGGACGCAGACGUAGUGGCUUCGGACCAUCCCAGCGAUAAUAAAGACUAUCGUGAUUAUGAACUCGUGAUUGAUUCCGGAUUCAACUGCACUUGGGUAGUGCCGGUAAUAAAAGGCGUUCCCUACUACAAGGCUGUCAAGAAGCUAGACAUCGGCGGACGUUUUCUGAACGGCUUCCUGCGAGAGGCACUGUCUUUCCGCCACUACAACGUGAUGGACGAGACCAUCCUCGUGAACAGCAUAAAAGAGAAAUGUCUCUUCAUGAGUCCGAACUCUUACUUCGACAGCUUCCAAUCACGCCUGAAAACCGCGAAAGAGUACGUGCUGCCAGAUUUUAGCACCAGCUUCCAGGGCUACCUGCGCAAGCCCGGCCAGACCCUUCCAGAAGACUCACAGACUAUCAUAUUGCAGGACGAGCUGUUUGCUGUGCCAGAAACGUUUUUUCAUCCUGAGAUCGCGUCGCUGCUAAACCCAGGAAUAAUAGAAGCCAUUUUGGAGAGUAUUUCCAUGCUGCCGGAGGCCUUGCGUCCCCUGCUCGUCGGCAACGUUGUUGUGACUGGCGGAAACUUCAACAUACCCAACUUUGCAUCGAGGCUAGCCACCGAGCUCCAGCGACAGUGUCCCACAGAUUGGUCUUGUCGAGUUUCCGUUCCGACCGGCGACGCGCGGCUCUACGGGUGGAAGUGCAUGCAAAAGUUCUCCGAGACGCAAGCGUACCGCGAGUCGCGCGUAUCUCGCGAGGAGUACUACGAGCACGGCGUGGACUGGUGCACCUCGAAGCGCUUUGGGUACCAGGCAUGGCUAUGA